GCAAAUCGAUAAGCAUCACUCUGCCAUUCCACGCCCACCAUGCCCAAGUCUAAGCGCCAGAAGGUCGUCCACCUGUCCAAGACGGACAAGAAGGGCAAGGAGCUCUCGCAGAAGCUCUUUGCCAAUGUCCAGGAGGCCGCCGACAACUUCCAGUUCAUCUUCGUCUUCGCCGUCGAGAACAUGCGCAACUCGUACCUGAAGGAAGUGCGCGCUGAGUUCUCCGAUAGCCGAUUCUUCUUUGGCAAGACCAAGGUCAUGGCGAAGGCGCUUGGCCAGACACCCGCCGAAGAGCACCUCACGAACCUCUCGAAACUAGCGCCCUACCUCGUCGGCAACGUUGGUCUCUUUUUCACUAACCGCGAGCCCGCGGAGGUCCUCGAAUACUUCUCCGCCUACUCGCAGACAGACUUUGCGCGCGCCGGUGUCACGGCCAACCAGACCUUCACAGUACCUGCGGGCGUCGUCUACUCCACAGGAGGACAGCAAGCGGCAGAAGACGACGUUGCGCUACCUCACAGCCAAGAGACGACGAUAAGAAAGUGGGGCAUGCCCACGAAGCUGGACAAGGGCAAGGUCGUGCUGGAUGCGCCGUAUACCGUCUGCAAGGAGGGCCAGGUGCUGAACAGCCACCAAACGGCGCUGCUGAAGAUGUUUGGCGUCGCGAUGGCCGAAUUCAAGAUCGAUAUGAAGGCGUACUACUCGACGGCUGCGGAGGACGUGACUGAAGUCAACGCGAUGGAGGAGUAACGCCUGUGCGCAUGGUACGAAGUGCAUUUACAUGGCGUUUUGGCGCAGGGCUGGAAAAGCUACAGUAUGCUAUAGUCUUCAGUGCGAGAUUUGCGCGCCCAAUAUACCCCUUUCAGAGGUUUUCCAGCCGCUCUCCACUCACAUGAUCAAGAUUCGCGAAGGAAGUUUCUCUAACUGUAGCACAAGGUCGAGCACUCGCCCACCAAACCUACACGCUGCCUCGGUCAUCGCAAACCACGAAACAGUGCACUGCCAGGCGAAUCGAAUCGAAACUUGUGAAAGCGAAACGCCUCGGAUGCCACUCCUCCGAUGGCUAUCCUCAAUUCGUUUCAGUUUGGUAGACAUGGCACGCUAGUGUCGACGCUGACAAGUGCUGGUGCAAGCACAACCCCAGCUGCGACUACGUAACUCAGACG